GUGUCCAUGUUGUUGUGCAGGGCGUGUUGUCUCUACUUAAACCGUUGAUUUUGCAAGGAUUACGCAGACGCAUUUUCAUACAACAGAACCUGCGCACCUCUGCUCCAGAAAUCUUCCAAAAUGAGCACCAAAUGUCCAAUCACUAAGGAGGUGCAGCAGUUUAAAAAGGAAAGGCUAAAUAGUACUGAAGUGGUAGAAAAAAACCCUCUCCCAACGACGCAAGUAAUUGAAGAAGAGAAGAUAGCCAUGGAAGAGAAAGCUGCCAAAGAGCCACUCAAUAAGGAGUUGGAGACAUUUGACCCACAAGUGCUCAAAAAGACUGAAGUGCAAGAAAAAAACCCUCUUCCAACUGCUGAUGUAAUUGAAGAAGAGAAGAUAGCUUUGGAAGAGAAAGCUGCCAAAGAGCCACUCAAUGAGGAGUUGGUGCAGUUUAAGACGAGCAAGCUAAGGAAGUCUAUCACGAAAGAAAGUAACCAUCGUCCAACUGCUGCGGAAAUUGAAGCAGAGAAGAAAGCCAUGAAAGAGGGGAAGAAGUAAAAGGGGAAACACCUUUUCAUGAUUUUUCUUGUUGAGACCUGCCUUGUUACCUGCUCUUCCUCCAUUUAGGAAUCCUGUCCAGCAUAUCUGCCUAUUUCUGUGUUUUCAUGUUUUAUUAAAUGGUGUUUGGGCUGAUCGUAUGGGUGAAAAUUCUGUCUGUAAUCCCAUGUAAAUUAAAGAAAUGGGUGUACUUUAUUGUGCUUUUUCAUGCUGUUUAGAAAGGACUGAAUGGAGUAAUAAAACGAUGUGACAAGUUAAUAAGCGUUUCCAUUCAAUGAACCUUUAAAAGAAUCAAAGUCUUGUAAGGUUCCUUGUUGCCAUGCAGGAAAUGUUCUAAAAACGCAUGAUUUUGUUUCUUUUAUAAUAAAAAUGGAUCGCAAACGUUGA